AUGGCAUGUGGGUCAGGAGAUCUUCAGGGCCUUACAUCUCCAUUUUCUUCUGCCAGAGCUGACAAUAGGCUCUAUGUUGAAGGAUCCUGGUUCUGGACCUGUGGUCAGACUAACAUCUCCUGCAAGAAUGUGAAGGGGAAGCUGGUGGAGGUAGGCAAGUGGCCAUGGCAGGUGAGCAUCCUGUUCAUGGGCAUGAACAUCUGCGGCGGCUCCAUCAUCCACCACCAGUGGGUCCUUACAGCUGCACACUGCUUAUACAGAUCCAAAGACCCCAAAGCAUACUCUGUGAAGGUAGGAGUUCAACGCAUCUCCGAAGAUGGCACUGAGCUCUCUGUCACUCACAUUGCAAUUCAUGAGGAUUUCAACAACCUCAUAUCCCAGGACAUUGCCCUUCUGAAGCUCGGAGACUCCAUCUCCUGGUCCCCCCUCAUCCAGCCUGUCUGUCUACCCACCGCCAAACUCGAGCCAUCUCUCGGAUCCAUGUGCUGGGUGAUCGGGUGGGCCCGAACAGAUGCAAAAGUGACCCCACAGCCCUCCUACAGUCUUCAGGAGGUGGCUGUCAAGAUCAUAAACAAGAAGAUCUGCCAUCAACAGUACAAGUUCCUCUUCUUAAAGGACCAGAAGAAGUUCAUCGGGAAUGACAUGAUGUGUGCCGCCUCACAAUGGGGCAUGGACAUGUGUCAGGGUAAAUCUGGCAAUUCCCUUGUCUGCCAAGUGAACAAAACCUGGAUUCAAAUGGGGGUGAUGAGCUGGAGCUUUAGCUGCAACCAGCACCGCUUCCCGGGCCUCUACACCAGCACCUCCCACUUCACUAAAUGGAUCAAAAAGCAGAUCGGUGACGUGAGGUUCGUCAGUAGGGCUGGGCCCGCCUUCCUGAGCCCAGUCUUCCUCACCGGCUGUAUUCUGCUGCUCUCCUUGGGCUCCCUGUGGCUCCUGUGAGUGAUGUUUCCAGGGCAGUCCCCCAGGAGGCUGUUUCUUCUUCUCUGUCCAUCCUCAGGAGAAGUGGAGACUGGCAGAGAACAGGACAUCAGGCAGAGUACCCUGGGGGAGGGUCCCAGAGCCACUGUUUUUUCAGUAGUUCAAUGAAGAUGCUCUUGAACUUUGUACCACUGAAGUCAUCAUUCUUGACUUUGGCCAGACCCUUCAAAGCCUCCCCACCCCCAAGAGACCUGGCUGUCCUCUCAAGGGAAGCCUCCCCGACAGUAUUCCUUGUACUUGUGCUCAAUGUGUUUCCCUUUCUGGGCUACAGUUUCCUCUUCAGCCAAACAUAGAGCUGGAUUCUGUGAUCCCCACUCUCUGCUUAGUCAUCCCAGUACUCCAGCAAUCCCCAGGCCCCCAUGGCCCUUCCUUGGGUCUCUGACCAAUGGUUUCCCUCAGGUCUUACUAUGAGGGUUGGCCUCUUCCCACGAAACUCACAAUGACCAGACCUGCACUUGUGGACCGGAACCUGUGGACCUCUCCCAACCCCUCAUAUCACCUACAGAACCUGACUGGUUCCUCUUCCAUCCUUGGCAGGGGUGGGUGAUGAUGAGGGGC